AUGAUCAAGCUAACCACUGCACUAUGCCUGCUCAUGCUCCUGGCUGGCGUCCACUCCGAGACGCCACAGGGUCGCAUUUUGGGCGGCGAGGAGGCGGCCAACGAUGCCACGCCCUAUGCGGUGUCACUGCGCGUGGACAAUGCGCAUGUCUGCGGAGGCAGCAUUAUUACCGCAUCCAAGUUGCUCACUGCCGCCCACUGUCUCUAUCGCGAUGGCAAACUCAUCGACAUCAGCCGCAUUUCAGCCCGCGUUGGCAGCCCCAAUCAAUAUGCCGGCGGACACGUUGUGACCAUUGCUUCCUAUUCCAUCCACCCGGACUAUGAUGCGCUGGUUAACAAUUUGGCUGUCAUCACAUUGAACACAGCGCUGGAGUGGACAGAUCGCAUCAAAGCCAUUGAAUUGACUGGCGCCGAUGAGGCGUUGCCCGCUGAAGGCGCUGAGAUUAGCGUUGCCGGUUGGGGCACCACCGUUGAUGGCGUCUCCUCAUUCAGGAUACGCAAACUCAACCUUACGUUUGCCUCCGAUGAAGUCUGCUUGGAUGCCUACAGCGAUCACGAUGCCAGCUCGAGCUUCUGCCUCGCUCAUGCCCUUAAGGAGGGCACCUGCAAUGGCGAUGGUGGCGGAGCUGCUGUCUACAAUGACAAAAUAUUGGGCGUCGUCAAUUUUGUGGUCGGUGCAUGUGGCUCACGUUACCCCGACGUGUUUGUUCGCGUCGCCGGUUAUUCCGAUUGGCUGCAGGAACAGUUGCUUGCCUAG